AUGACCGGCGGAGGCAGGAUGGACACCCAAAACACCCAGUACCUUUACAAGGAGAUUCGCCUAAACCUCGAGCCCUCGUCUUCAACCUCCGUUGUCAACAUCAAAGUGCCUCCGCCCUCUGGUACCAGCCGAAAGCUUCCAAACACCGACAAGUCGGGCACCGACGACGAAAAUAUAUUCCGAUCAAAGAACCUAGCGAGCGCAUCAUCCAUAUUUCACCGCAAAUACCACGCGACCCCUAGCAGCUUUCUGUGGAGGGUGCUGGAGGAUGGGACGGUGCUGAGCAUACGAGCAACGGAUGUCGCCAAGAACGAGAAGGAUGCCGAUGCACCAUUGAUCCUCAACUUCCGCUUUGCAGCAGCAAUUCAGCCCUCCUGCAUUGCGUUUGCCGAUCCCAGAGAACAUGAUGCGCUGUGCAUGUUCGUUCUCGACGACGCGAACGUCCUCUAUUCCUUCACCCUUCGACCCGACUAUUUCAGAAAGCGAUCCGCCAUCGAGGCUGGGCCUGCUGAGGCCUGCAGAGUCUACGUCCCUUCUGUCUUCAGCUUCAAGCACCCCCAUCGAAUGAUUGCGGCGACCGCCGACCAGGUUGUUGUUGCGCUUCAUGACGGAGGCCUCGUGAGGCUUGACCGGAACAAGGCCAACAACUCUGUUGGACAUCCGUGGAAAGAGACGAUCUACAACUCACAAAGCUGGACGCAAGGCCUGCGCAGCUUGAUUCCCUUCCAAGGAAAGUCCCCGAUAUGGCAUGGCAAGAUCAACAUGGAUUUAAGCGCUGCUACAUCGCUUCAAGUCACCGACCUGGGUAUUGAGGGCGCCUCGUUCCUCUUCACAGUCUGUCUCGACCACCGAAUGCGAAUCUGGAACCUUUACACCGGCCAGAUACUAUUCACAGGAGAUAUUCUCAAUGCCGAACGGAAUCCACAGGAGGUGGGCAAAUGGACUGUGGACCCAACGCAGUUUAACCUUCUGCAAAUUGUUGGCCACAGUGUUGGCGUCAGGACCUGUGCAACCUACUCUCCCAUCGGACAAGGAGAGUUCAAGCUCUGGACUGUAAGAGCACAUGAUGCCGAGACCAUCUACGUCGAGGAUAGCUUCCCCGAUGUUCAUCUCGUGCCUUCCGCGCCAUCCCUGUCCGAUGUUUGGACUCUCGCAGACUUUAACAUGCUUGGAGACUCUGACGGCGGCAUCCAGCUCUGGGCCUUGUGGAAAAACAACAUGACCUAUCGGGUCCAAGGGCUGGAUCUCGAUCAGGAUCACGUUGACGAAUGCUGGCAAAAUAACUGGACCUCAGUCUUCAUCGACACCACCAGCGAGCCUGCGCCAGCGUCUGGACCAUGUGACCCGACAGACGUGACCGACAAGUGGCUCAACCUGAUUCUGUCGCCUGGCAAAUUUACUCGCAACACACUCGAGACCGCACUCUCCAUCUACGAGAGAGGACUCGGCGCGGCGAAAGAAGGAGGUUCUCGGUCCCAGAGGGGCUUGGCCGAGUCAGUUUGCUCAGUCAUAGCCUCGACAGCAGCCCUUGACAGGAAGUCGUCUGGAGGCAUGGACUAUGAGCAGUUCCGGGCAAGCAGUGAAAUCCAGUGGCGGAGAUUCCACAGACUUCUACUCGAGCUCGACAAGCAGCGCGGAGAGGCUGUCUCGCUUUCCGUCGACCCUCGCAGCGGUCUUGCGUGGGUUGUUUGCGCCGACAGCCUCUCUGCUAUCAGGGAGUGCAGCAGCCUGGAGCGACUGUGCCACAACUUUUCGCGACCUGACGAGGGCUCCGAAGACGUUGCGAAGCUCAUCUCAACCGGUCUUGGUUUCCUGGACGCCUUCCCGGACAGCAUGGUGCAGGUGUGCACCGCUGCGCUGCGCCCCGAGGUCUUCGAAGAGACAACCCGAACGGAUUACGAACGCCUGCAGCACGUGUGGGACACGACAGGCUUCUGGCGAAGCGUAAGUGAGGAUGACUGCUCGCAAGUCAUUGAUAGCUUUGGUCAGCAGUUUGCCUUGGUCACAGAGAGCCUGUACACCGAGGUCUUUGACCUGCUCUCAACUGGCAACGACACCAGGCACCACAACGCUCAGCACCCUCUCACCGACUUUGGCAGGGGGCUCGUUGUCAAAGCAGUCCAGGAAACUGUCGAAUUGCAAUGGAGGAUCUGCCUGAGUCAGUUGUUGCUCCUCGUCCACAUGGAGUUUGACUGGGAACGGGAAGAAGAUAUGCUUUCGAAGAGGCUCGACGUCGGGUCGGUUUUCCGACAGUAUCUCAGUUCUCUUCGGCGACUAGAACUCAUCCGCUGGCUGGCCACGACAGAGGUCACAGUCCCCCUGCAAGUCAAAUCGGAGCGCUCAGGAUCGUUCUCCGGAGGUUCCCCUACUGUUUCUCGGAAGAAAGAGGAGGACAGCAAGGUGAUCACGGCACUCGAAGGAAACGUCGGCCACCUUCUAGGCUUCCCAGGUGUCACUGACGAGCCUCUCGCAGGCAGCAUCACAGCACUUGUUGCCAGUCUAUGCGCUGCAGAUAGCGAUAUCGAAGUGUCACCAAGCCUGAUUCAGUGCUCUCUCAUCAGAAGAGAGAGGGCAGAUCUUGCGGAUGGGCUCAGCCCGUUCUGUGACCAGACACCGUUUGCUAUAUAUGUGCAAGGACGCGUUGCACUUGGUCUGAAAGACUACGACUCGGCUGCCUUGAGCUUCCGGCGAGCGACCGUAGGCAUGAGUGAGAUAAACCCUGCAUCAAGUCUCUCCGUGCAGUUGACUAACCACUCGCUAGGCGUGCGAGACGAAUCCCUAGACCGACACAGCAGUGGCCUCCUGGACGACGCCGAGUGGAAUCUACUUCACAAGGGUCCUGCGAAGUACUACUGCCACAUCGUGUCUCUGUUUGACAGGGUCAAGGCAUACUCGUUUGUACUAGAAUUCGCCGGCUUAGCCUUGCAAUUUGCCCGCUCUAGCGAGGACUCUGAGACUGUCCAGCGAGAAAUGCUGAACCGACAGUUCGUUGCAGCCACGACGACCUCCCGUUUCGAUGUUGCCCACUCAAGCCUCCUCGCCAUGGAGGACAAGGCGAUGCGACACAAUAGCUUGUCACGGCUUGUCGAAAAAAUGUGCACGAGCCACUACAACGAAGAACUCACGUCGCUGCCCUUCCCCGGCCUUCAUGACCAGAUCGACGAGAUUCUGGCCUCAAAAUGCAAGACGACGAUGGAGGUCACCGCCGGCGUCCCUUAUCAUCAGAUUCUCUACUCUUGGAGGAUCAGCCACAAUGACUACCGCGGCGCGGCGUCGGUCCUGAUGGACCGCAUCCAGAAACUCAAGCAUGCAGGCGAGGGCGACAAAUACCAAGGAGAGGAUGUCCUGGAUACGCCGGUCACCAAGCAAUACCUGCUGCUCAUCAACGCUCUCAGCUGCGUCGACGCCAAGCAGGCGUGGAUCUUCUCGGAGGAGCUGCCGCCGCAGAACAGCCGGGACACGAGCGGCUUCCAGGCGAAGCGCAAGGUCGUGACAUUGGCAGACUUGCGCAAGCAAUACCAGGACGAACUCGACAGGAUCGCGGCCAUUCAAAACAACCAGUUCGGGUUCGAGGCGGGCGACGAGGUAAUGGAUAUUCUGUAA